AUGUCACCUCCCUCACCUUUUUACAAUGCGCCACUCACUCAUAUAUAUUGUUUGGACCCGAUUGCAUAUGACGCGUAUCAGUCUCGCUUGACGUAUUUCAAAUGCGAAGAACAACAAGUGGACGAAUUACGAUUAGAAGAAGCGCAAAGAUUAGCGGAAGCUAAUUGGAGUAAAUUUGAGACUGUUAAGUCCCAUCUCUUGACAGAUGAAAACUUUAUUGAACCUGCUAAAUUUCCUCCAUAUACAAGAGUUCAUGUAGAAGAUACUGUAAAACGUUGUAAUAUUGCAACUUUCUGUAAUCUUAUAUUUUACAGAAAUAAUCCCAAUUUGGAUUUAUUGAUGGAAGCAGAGAGAACAUUGUUUUAUUAUGUAAUGUCGAAAGAAGAUUUGCAAAUGCAUUCACGUUUAGCUUGGAAAAUCGGACUUGAACUAAAAACACAGCAAUAUAUUCAAGCCAUAAAACUUAAUUCAAGAGAGAAUCAGCUUGCCAACUAUUUUUCACGAAUUACUGAACAACCUCCAGAAUAUUUAGAAGAAUAUAAUAAGAGAAGGGAACAUAUGGCAAAUUCUGAUCCUAGAAUAUUGGCAGAAAAUUUCCCAUGGCGUGAAUUUCUUCGAGAAAUAUUCAAUUUAAUACAUAAUAUAGCGGAUACUCUCGCACCUCCCAAAAUUACUGAGUCCGCCAAAAUGAUAUUAAUAAACACAGUGAAUUCUCAAAAUUUAGCGAGGACCAGUUUAGUCCAGAACAUGCCAUCACCCGUAGAUUUGACACAAGAUGAAGAUGGUGAUUUUUUGAUGGAUGAAGAACCACGGAAUGAAAAUACAUCUACAGAAGCUAGUAAAUUCUUCAUCCCCUGGAAUAAAUUUCGAAAUUCCACUGAAAGGGACAUAUCUAAUGCAAUGGAUAACAUGGGAAUUGGACCUCUAGGAGAAAAUAUAAAUUCAAACGAUGCAAUAAAUAAUGGAAUCUUAGUUUCUGAUCCUGUUGUCGCUUCCACGUCAGCUGCUGCAACAUCACCAUUGUCAAUAAAUGGAGGUGUUACUUCAUUAAAUGGUGGGGUUACGAAAUCAAAUUCCAAAUCUCGAAAAUCUCGUUCUGAAUGGAGUCAGAGCGAAUUAAACGCAUUAAUAGAAGGGAUGAAAGAGUUCGGAACAGCCUGGGCUCAAAUAAAGGUCAAAUAUAGUAGUGUACUUAGUAAACGUACUCAAGUACAUCUAAAAGAUAAAGCUCGUUCGGAAAAGGAACGGAGAAUCAAAUCCAAUUAUCCUCUUGGCAUUUUUGAAAUAGUAAAGACUCAUAUUAAAUUCAAAAAACCAGACUCACUCCCAGAUGAAAUUUAUGAAAUUGGCAAGGUUAUUCUUCAUACAACGGCGGGAGACAUUAACAUGGAACUUUUUGCAAAGGAAACACCUAAGGCAUGUCGGAAUUUUGUACAAUUGUGCCUGGAAGGACAAUACGAUGGAACUAUUUUCCAUAGAAUAGUUUCUGGAUUUAUUAUACAGGGAGGAGAUCCAACUGGCACCGGCUUUGGUGGUGAAUCAAUAUACGGUGCUCCAUUCGCCGAUGAAUUCCAUACUCGGUUAAGAUUUGUACGGAGGGGAUUGGUGGCAAUGGCAAAUUCUGGAAGAAAUGAUAAUCGUAGUCAAUUCUUUAUCACUUUAGACAGAGCAGAUGAAUUACAGAAUGUGAACACUAUUUUUGGAAAGGUAGUUGGAGAUACAAUUUUCAAUGUUUUGAAAAUUGGUGAACUUGAAGUUGAUAAGAAUGAACGACCACUUUACCCACCUAAAAUUUUAUCAACUGAAGUGAUAUGGAACCCAUUUGAUGAUAUUGUUCCACGCAUCACAGUAGCAGAAAAAAUUGCACAAAAAUCGGGUUCUGUUACGAAAGUAGAGGAACCAUCCAAGAAAAAACUUAAAAAGAAUGUUGCAUUAUUGUCAUUCGGUGAAGAAGUUCAAGAAGAUGAAAAUGAUAACGAUUCAAGUCUAAAAAUUAAAAGUAGUCAUGAUUUGGUUGAAAAUGAUCCACGAUUGAGCAAAGAGUUAGCUGUCAAAGAAUCUGAACAAAAAUCUUGGUUUUCCCCAAUUGUCAAAGAUAAAGUAAUCGAGAAAACAAAGGUUGAAAACACUGAAGUUGGACGGUGGGAAGAAGAUUCAGUAGCAUUCGACCGUAAAAUGAAAGAAAAUUUACGUCAACUUCAAGAGGAUAUUAUGAAACAAGAAAUUGAACAAUUAAAACAAGAUAUAAAAAGAAUGGAUCGACCAAAAGAUCAUGACGAUGAUGUUCCAAAGAAAAAGAAAGCAAAAAUAUCUUAUGUAGAUACGGAAAGGCUGAGAUUUUUAUCAUCAGGAAAGGCUGCUGCUGCAAAGAGAAAAAAAGGAAACGAGGCGGAUACACUGGCCAAAUUGCAAUCAUUUAAAACAAAAAUUAUGAUAACAGAACCAAAUGUGGAAGAACCAACGGAAGGAAAAGAUGAAGGAGAGCCAUGUGUACUUCACUCAGUUCCCAAUUGUCUUUCAUGUCGAGAUACAUUUGGACAACCAAAGGAAGAAGACACUGAUGAAGGAUGGUUAACUCAUCGCCUUGUAUUUGUAAAAGAUUACAUGGGCAAAGAUUUAAUGCAGAAAAGGGAUGAUCCAGAUGAUUAUAUAGUAAUAGAUCCGUUGGAACGUAAAAAAGAAGCAUUUAAGCAAGAAAAGGAAAAACGAGCAAAAAACAAUAGUAUUAAUAGCGAGACUAUAGAAACACCCCUUGUAAAUUCUAAAACUGUAAAUCCCGACACACAAUUUAAUAAAAAUGAUCAAAUUAUAGAUUCCGAAAUCAUUUUUGAGUUUGGCGGACCCUGGGGAGUUACUGCUAUAAUGCUUGGGUUCCCUACCCUCAUGUUUUACUUAUGGGGAUGCCUUCAAUUUUAUAGCGGAAAUUUAGUUUCACCUUUUAGUAUGGAACUUUGGAGUCAAAUAGUUGAAGGUGCAGCUCCCACGUGGUAUUCCGCGAAAGUUUAUAUAUUGUUUUGUCUUUUCGAAUUUUUUUUGGCCUACAUUAUGCCAGGACCGAUUAUCAAAGGUGUCCCCGUUUCCUCUCUAGAGGGUAAACAAUUGGAUUAUCUUUGUAACGGGUUAAUUUCUUGGUACGCGACUCUUGCAAUGUCCUAUAUAUUACAUUAUUAUGGUUGGUUCCGACUUACGGAUAUUAUUAAUAACUUUGGGCCAUUGAUGACGGUUGCUGUCAUUACCGGAUUUGUUAUUACCUUGUUGAUAUACGUUGUCACUGUGAUUCAAGGAAAGCAAUACCGCAUGUCAGGUUAUCUGAUGUAUGAUCUCUUUAUGGGAGCAGUAUUAAAUCCACGUCUCGGGAGAGUUGAUUUAAAAAUGUUUGCUGAAAUUCGAAUUCCUUGGGUUAUUCUGUUUUACGUUUCUGUUUCGGCUGCAAUUAAAGAAUAUGAAAUGUUUGGAUAUGUAUCUUCUUCAAUGACUUUUAUGGUUCUCGCUCAUUUUUUGUACGUGAAUGCAUGCGCCAAAGGUGAAGAAUGUAUUCCAACGACAUGGGACAUGACAUAUGAAAAG